AUGAUGAGCGAAGUUUGCUCGCCUUACUUUGAUCCUGACUUUGAAAGCCUGCCUGAGAGAAUAUAUGGCCCAGCUUGUAGAGUCAACAUAGACAAUGAAAGCUUGGAGGAUUGCACCAUCUUAAAGAUUGACAGCGUGAACAAGCAGGGGUUACUCUUGGAAGUGGUGCAGACUCUCACGGAUAUGAACUUAAUUAUAUCCAAAGGCAAUAUUUCUUCAGAUGCUGGCUGGUUCAUGGAUGUUUUUCAAGUAAAAAAUGAAUUAGGCAACAAAGUCACUGAUCAAAGGGCUAUCAACUGCAUUCAGCAGGCUAUUGGUUCCAAAAGCUACACCAGCCUCAAGGCCAAGGCCCGAAUAAGCCCGUCCGAGUCCCAGCCCGACGAGCCCAAAGCAAUCGAGAUGACCGGAAAAGACAGGCCCGGCCUGUUUUCCGAGAUAUCCGCUGCCCUGGCCGACCUUGGCUGCAACAUCAUCGAAGCCCACGCGUGGAGCCACAACGCUCUCCUCGCCUGCGUGGCCCACAUUUCGAACAAGUCGAACGAUACCCCUAUCGAUGACCAUCGCCUCCACGUCAUCGAGGACCACCUCACCACAGUACUCAGGGCCACCACCUCCACAGGACCAGGGAAUCCGGGCCCACAAGAGGUGAAGCCCGCUGGCCUCCCCAGGGGCGAGCUGAGCACCACCACACGGGUCGAGAGGAGGCUCCACCAGCUCAUGCUUUCGGGACGGGACUUUGACAGGCCAGCCUGGAGAACUGGUUCCCCGACCGUGUCCUCGGACAGCGAGGAUGAUGAGAGGAGGGCUAGCGUGUCGGUCGAGAGCUGUAUUGAGAAAGGGUACUCGAUCGUGACCAUUGAGUGUAAGGACAGGAGACGGCUUUUGUUUGAUACGGUGUGCACGCUCACGGACAUGCAGUAUAUGAUUUUUCAUGCCUCCAUAGAUUCCUGCCGAGGCUACGCGUUUCAGGAGUAUUUCAUAAGGCAUGUCGAUGGUUGUGCACUAAACACCGAGGGAGAAAAGGAUCGGGUCAUAAAAUGCUUAGAGGCCGCCAUCGAACGAAGGGUCUGUGAGGGCGUUCGGUUAGAACUCUCUGCAUACAAUAGAAUUGGGUUGCUUUCGGACAUCACCCGGGUUCUGAGGGAAAAUGGCCUAGCGGUUGUGAGAGCAGAUGUUGCGACUCAAGGGGAGAAGUCAGUGAAUGCUUUCUAUGUAAGGGAUAUUUCGGGGAAUAAUGUGGACUUGGAAUCCAUUAGGUCCAUGAAGAGAGAAAUGGGUGCAAUAGAUCUUGCUGUGAUAAAAGAGACGACGCGUCCCCAAAUGACCCCAGACGAACGCCCCAAGUUAUCAAUUGGCGAGAUACUCAGAAUUCAGAUCGAGCGCAUCUCAAACGGCUUCAUUGCCAUUAAAUGA